AUGGGUCGCAGCAUCUCAGGAGAGCCGAGAUCCAUGCUGGUGACUUUCACGGCGAUGCAGACGAUGCUCCCCAACACCACCGACUCUGUGACAGUAGGAGGAGGAGGAGGAGUUCCUCUCUCAGUGAACUUCGACAGUCCCGAGGAUUAUCUCGUCUUCAUCUUCCAGAUCGUGUUCGCCACGACCGCCGUCCUGGUGGCCGGACCCGUAGUCGUCACCAUCUUGGCCACCCGAGCCCUCCGCCUCCAGAACCGGUUCAUUUUCAUGCUGAACACCAGCGUGUGCGACACUCUGCUCGGGCUCUCCGUGUAUUAUCUCGGCCUGUUCGACGUUCAGGAGGAGUACCCGCCCAGAAACGGAACGUAUAACAUCCUGACCUCACUUCUCGGGGUCAACAUACUGACGUUCAUGUUCGCGCAGUUCGACCGGUACCUGGCCGUGUGCCACCCGUACGUCUACGGUCGCUUCGUGACGAGGCAGUUCGUGAUCGGCGUCAACAUCUACUGCUGGGUCUACAACGGUGCCCACCUGGUCGCCAGGAACCUGCUGCCGCUCUCCAAAGCGAUACAGAUGUACGUGAUCAGCAUCGUCCUCUUCCAGCUGAUCGUGCUCACCAAAGUGGUCAUGACCGUCAAACUGUACGUGGUCGCCAGAUUCCAGCUCGCCAGAGACCCUCCCAGCGCCGAGAGGGAGAGCAAGAAGGAGUCGCUGAAAAUUAUUAUUUUCGUUGUCAUAAGCUUCUUGGUGUUGUGGUGCCCCUCUUUCUUAAAUAUCAUCAUCAGAUUCGCGACGGGGAGAGGGGUAACGUUCAGGAACCAGGCCACCAACCUGUUUGCCAUCAUGGCUCGCUUCAACGCGGUGUGCACGCCGUCCGUGUACAUCUGGGGGAGUCCGGCUCUGAGGGAAGCCCUGGUGAAGACCGUGUGGGGCAGAGUGUGCCCGAGGUGCAGGAGGAGGUAA